GUGCUAUUACAAGCCUGGUCCACCAAUCCGCUUUCAGCUCGCAGUGCAAACCGACUGUCGAGGGAACGACACAUCAGUCACCGCGGUACCACGAGGUUCGCGGAGUGUCCAGAAUUCUGGAGUGCGGAUAAUACUAGUCUCUAAGAAGUGUCCCAAGCAAAGACUGUGAUCUAUAUACAUAUAAACACACAAAAAAAUAUAUAAUUUAUUUUUUUCAAUUUUAUUUUUCCUUGAUGUCGCGUCUGAUUACACCGCCGCCUUCGCAUCAUGGGAAUUCCCUUAAGGAGAAGGUAAAUGUUCGGACUUCAUCCCUUAAUUGAUACGUUACACCAUGCAGCGGACAAAUAAAUAGGGAGCAUCUAAUUCAAAUCGACACGGUCUAAUGUGGAGACCAUUCUGUGCAUACAUUACGUGUUUGGCGAAAGGGAUGCGUCUCACUUACGCAACGCCGAAAACCAGUUUCCUGGGACGAUCAUGAUGACGACACGCUUAAUUGAUUGAUCCGACUAUAAAAUUCGGGGAAAAUACCUGCAGAAAUAACAAACAAACGAAAAUAAUUGUGAUUACGAACAGUGACAUAAAAAAAAGCGCAAUUGGAUUACAUGGAUUCUCUAACGUGAUAUGCGGGCGAUUUCGGAUUAUCCACCCAGCAGCUAGCAGCAGCAUCAGCAGCAGGACAACAACAACAACUCUGAUCAAAUUGGACCAGAUAGAAAAAAACAAACAAACAAACAAAGUAAACAAAGAACUACAGAGGAUUACAUUGAGUUGAGAAGGUCCAGUUUUUUUUACAUAUAAUUUGUUUAAGUGCGGAUUUGGUACGAGGAAUAUAGUUUCGUAGUUGCGAUGAUUAUAAGAUUAAGUGCUGUGGAAAUAGUUUUUUGAAGGAAAAAAUUGUGAUCUGGUUUUUAAUUUAAAACAAAGAAAUUUAAUAUAUAUAAAUAAUUUUUGUUCGGUUUUGCUGAAUUUUGGCGAAAGUUUUUAUAUAAUUUUGGGGGUAAAUCCAAAGUUCAGUUCGUACAUCAUUUUUUUUUUCGUCGAAGUCCUUGAUUUCGAUUGGUGUGAGUGUGUGUGGUUUCUGUGAUCUCUAAAACAAAUGGAAAUGAGUUCGUAUUUCGCUAACUCUUAUAUGCCGGAUAUGCGGAACGGCGGAGUCGUCUCCGCCGAGCAUCCGCACCAGCAUCAGCACUACGGUGCCGCUGUGCAGGUGCCGCAAGGUGGAGGUGCCGUGCAGAGUGAUCCCAACAGCUGCGGUGGUGAUCCCUCGGUGGUGGGGCUUCGGCAAGGAAUACCUCCGCAUCAUUAUGGUGGACCUCCGGCCGCUGGACAACCUCCUCAGGGUAUGCCCUACCCCAGGUUCCCUCCGUACGAUAGGAUGGAUAUCAGGAAUGCGGGGUAUUACGGAGCGCAGCAACAGCAGAUGGAUGGAACCCAGGGAUACCGACCGGACAGUCCCAGUAAUAUGCAUAUGGGUGGUACCGGGGCGCCCAACGGUCAUCAAACGCCGGUGGUGUACGCGAGUUGCAAGCUGCAGGCGGCUGCCGUCACCCAAGGUGGAGUCCUCGGCCCCACCGGAAGUCCGCCCCUGGACACGACGCAACCCAUGGCCAACCAUCACAUGGGUCACCACAUGCAGGAACAGCACCCGCAGAUUCAUCAGCAACCUCACCAUCAGCAGCAGCAACAACAACAGCAGCAGCAACAUAUGAUGUACGGUGGUCAGCAGGCCGCCAACAUGCAUCAGCAGCCGCCACUGCCGCAGCAGCAGCAACCCCAGAACCCGCAAACACCAAAUAACACGUCCUCUUCGUUACCCAGCCCCCUGUACCCUUGGAUGAGGAGUCAGUUCGAGAGGAAACGUGGCAGACAGACGUACACCAGGUACCAAACCCUGGAGCUGGAGAAGGAGUUCCACUUCAAUCGGUACUUGACGCGGCGGAGGCGCAUCGAGAUCGCCCACGCUCUUUGCCUCACCGAAAGGCAGAUCAAGAUCUGGUUCCAAAACCGUCGCAUGAAGUGGAAGAAGGAGAACAAGACCAAAGGAGAGGGCGGCUCGGAGGGCGGCGGCGAUGACAUCAGCCCCCAAGGAUCACCCCAGUGAAACUAAAUUAAAUAAACUAACUAAUAAUAAAUAUAUACUUAUAUA